AUGAAGUCGAGGUUCUACCAAGCUGUGGCGUCUGCAGCGGAGAGCGGCUGGGACUUCUCUAGUCGUUGGUUUAACCAAUCAGACGCCAGCAUUGGGAAAUUUGAAUCAAUACACACAACCGAAAUUAUUCCAAUUGAUCUUAAUUCAAUUUUGUUUAAAAACGCUCUGACACUUUCAAAGUUUUUCAAAUUAACUGGCAGCCAAACAAAAUCGAAGAAAUAUCAGGAAUUAGCCAAUCGUAGAAAGCUUGCAAUCGAGGCUCUGCUUUGGAACGAGGCUGCUGGGGCCUGGGCUGACUAUGACGUCUCGACACAGAGCAAUACUAAAGCUUUUUACGCAUCAAUCGUCGUCCCGCUUUGGGCUGGUCUCGCACGAGAAAAUAAAACACGCGAGGAACUUGUGUUCGCGAACAUGAAACGCGCAAAGGUUUUAGAUUUUCCAGGAGGAUUGCCCACAUCUUUGAACGAGUCGGGCCAGCAGUGGGAUUUCCCAAACGGGUGGCCCCCCUUGCAACACAUGCUCAUCAUUGGCCUCACCAAGUCCAGUUCAAUAUUGCUCCAAAACGAGGCUAAGAAAUUCGCGCAGUCUUGGGUUCUAAGCAACUGGAUGGGGUUUAACCGAACCAGUUAUAUGUUUGAGAAAUAUAACGUGACGUCUGAGGGGAACACAGGGCGAGGGGGUGAAUACAAACCACAGGUUGGAUUUGGAUGGACUAAUGGGGUCAUUUUGGAUUUGUUGGUCAGGUUCCCGGAUCUCAAGGUUGAAAACAAUGCUGUCGCCCUUGGUGUGUCCCUGUUUUCUUGCUUCUUGCCGAUCAGCUGCUUGGCUGGAGUUUUUAAUUGA